UAGGACAAAGCAGAGCCUGAGUUAGGAAGGGCAUCCCGGAGCUCCCAGCAGCCACACGCCGCCGAGGAGGGAUGAGGGCAGGAUGAAGCCACCCCCCUGCCCCAGAGCGCCCAGGCUGCUCUGUGUGUCUGGGAGAGCUGCCUGUGCCCACUGUGGGGAUGGGCACAGACCUGUCACAGCCCGAAACUGAAGGUAACCCCCACUCUGACCCCUCGGAAUUCCCCUGGGAAUCCAUCCAGAGUGUGCACAAGAAUAAUGAGGUGCAGGUUGCAGGCCUGAGUUCACUGUCCUGCUCCCCAGGGCCAUGAAAGGUGGAGUUUCUUUCCUUUUUUCCUCCUUGCUUCCAGGAGCACAAACACAGAAGCGCUGCUGCCUCAUAAAACCUGGAAGGCUGUGGGACUGCCAGUUCCAGCAGCACAUCCUGCAGGGAGCCACGCCGUGCCGAGCCUGCAGCAGCUGCUGUCUGCAUCACCCAGACGUGAUUCUGCCCUUAAAACACUGGACUGACUGAAACUGGCAGUGCCUGAGGAUCCAUCUGCCUGUGCAGCACAAUUCCAGCUGCCUUUUGCACGCUCUCUUCUCAGCUGUGUUUUUAAGAGGUGCUGGGUUUGUCACGAAGGAAUUCAAACUCCUCAUGUCCCUCUCUGAUAGUACAAAAGGUGUCACUUGGCCCUUAUCAGUGACAGCACUUGCUGCUCCUCCAAAUACUCAUAAAGCACUUCCAAACUAUCCUGCCCAUUUCAUUAAUUUCUGUUAUCGUAUUCAGUACACUUCUGAAGGCUCUGUAGGGUACACAUGGAAAACAUGUGAGGGUUUUGUGGAGAAAAUGGGGUUUUAAGACCUUAAAGCUCAUCUCAUUCCACCCCCUGCCAUGGGCAGAGACACCUUCCACCAUCCCAGGCUGCUCCAAGCCCUGUCCAGCCUGGCCUUGGGCACUGCCAGGGCACAGUCACAGGGAAUAAUUUCUUCCCAAUGUCCCACCCAACCCUGCCCUCUGCCAGCGGGAAGCCGUUCCCCUUGUCCAGUUCCUCUGUCCCUUGUAAUUAAGUUUCCCAAGAGUACUCAAGAUUACUGCGUGCCACGCAGAAAACAGCAGCUCACAGGAGGCUGGGGGCUUACGGGCCGUGACGAAAAACGCCUGCAUAAAACAAACUUUUAUUUUUGCUACGCUGCACCCAGCAACCCCUCCCUCAGCGAACCCUCAGGCCCGGGUCCCUGCCCACAAGCGAGGCGUUGAAACGAUGCCAGCCGGGGCUCGCAGACCCGGCAGAUUCCUAAGUGUGGCUGCAGGGGGUUUAUUUUAAACAAACACAGAGGAGAGGAGGCGGCAGGUCAGGGCGAUGCCUGGGCCUGUUACAGGAACCGCCAGCCAAGGCCUCAGGCACCUCAGCAGCCGCCAUCUUGGCGGGGGCGGGGCCCCGCCCGCGAGACCACGCCCCCAGUGAGCUCAUUGCCACGCCCACACACAGGCCACGCCUCCUCCCCGCCCUCCCGCCCAUGGCCCCUCCGAGCCGCUUCCCGCAGGAGGAGGAGCAGGAUGGAUGUGCUGCGGCCUCCCCUGGUGAGGAUCGGGGGCCGAGUGUACCGGAAAAACCUCAUCCAAGAGCAGGCCUUCCCUCAGCAGGAGGAGGAGGAGAGCUUCUAUGCAGGCCCCGGUGAGUGCGCGGACGAGCCCUGCGACGCCUUCGGGGUGGAGGAGACUGAGCGAGGCUUCCAGUGCCGCCUGGAGGUUCCCAGCCCCUUGUACAAGUACAUCAUUGGGAAGAAAGGGGAAACCAAGAAGAGGCUAGAAACAGAGACUCGAACCUCCAUCAGCAUUCCCAAGCCUGGAGUGGAAGGAGAAAUUGUGAUCAUGGGGCAGCAGCGCAGCGGUGUCACCUCCGCGCGGACGCGCAUCGACGUGCUCCUGGACAGCUUCCGCAAGAAGCAGCCCUUCACACACUUCCUGUCCUUGCCUCUCAACCAGCCUGCCAUCCAGGAGAAGUUCCUGCAGUUCAAGGAGGAGGUGCUGGAGAAGUGCUCGAAGGAUCAGGGGGUCAGCAGCAGCCUGUUCCAGAACCCUGCAAAGCUUCACCUGACCAUUGGGACCCUGGUGCUCCUGAAUGAACAAGAGAUCCAGAAAGCCUGUGACCUCCUGCAGCGGUGCAAAGAGGACUUUGUGGAAGCAGAUGCUGAGGUGUCCUUGACACACAUUCCUGGACGAGGGGAGCUGUGUGCAGGGAAGCCAUCAGGAGCCUUCCAAAUUACUGGAGGCCAGCCCCUGACAGUGGAGGUGGCAGGAGUGGAGUACAUGAACGAUGACCCUGCCAUGACAGAUGUCCUUUAUGCCAAAGUCCACAUGAAGGAUGGCUCAGACAGGCUGCAGAUGGUCGCUGAUCAGCUGGUGGAGCGCUUUGUGGCCUCUGGCCUGAUGCUUAAAGAAUGGGACAGGGUGAAGCUGCAUGCCACAGUCAUGAACACUCUCUUCAGGAAAGAUCCAACUGAAGAACGAAACAACACAAUGACUGGUAAAUCAUCUUUCAAGGAGCGGGAGUCAUUUAAUGGCCAAAAUAUCCUCAAGGCAGAAUUAAGGAUUCUGAUCUUUUGCCUGACAUCACUGGGGCUUGCUGGCAGUUAUCCUUCCCAUCCCGAGCAUCCUGGCAGGGAGAAGAGAAGCUGGAUGUGCGCUGUGGCAUCCCCAGCUGAGGCUGUGAAGGAGCUGCAGCUGGGGUGAGUUGUCACUUGUUGC